GCUUGGUGAGUGUGUGGCAUCUGCUGCGUAUGGGACGUCUGCUUAUAAUACCGCAAUUUAUGUGCUGAACUUCGUUCUAACCAGCAUCCAUCAUCGUGCGUGUGUCGGAGUCACAACCACAGUCCCCUGCACCUGCCAGUAUGUCUGCUGAACAAGAUGACAUGCCAGACUUGGAAGAGGUAUCAGAAGUUGCUUCCCCUCCUUCUGCUACUCUUGCUGUUGCCCAUAGAGGAGUGCCAGCAUCGACUGCCAGCAACCAGGCAGCUGCUGAUGAAGACGAGGAUGACAGUGAUGGAGAGGAGGACUGGGAGGAGAUGGAGGAGUCAGCUGCCCCUGUGGUGGCCACAUGUCUGUUCUGCCCACUCCAGCUGCCGGUGAUGGAUGUGCUGACUCACUGUCAGCAGCAGCACGACCUGGACCUGGCCGCACUCGUGACCAGGCACGCACUCGACUGCUUCGGCUACAUCCGGCUGGUGAACUUUGUGCGCAGCAUGGCCGUGUCGCCGGGCGAGCUGCGCCGACUGCCGGGCGCCUCCUGGGCCGACCACAAGUACAUGAAGCCUGUCAUCGAGUGCGAUCCUCUCCUGAUGAUUGACCUGGAGGACCUUGUCGGCGCACCGGCCGCCGCACCGCCACCUGCCGACGACGCGUCCCGCCACGUGGUCAACUACGAGGGCGACUACGUGACCCUGUCGGUGGUGCAUUACGAACAGCUGCAGCACCAGCUGGCCGAGCUGCGCCGGCAGCUGCAGGCCAGCCAGGACCGUGACGAGCUCCUGCUGCAAGACAUGGCCACGAUGCGGGGCACGAUGCAUCAGAUCCUGCGGCUGGACGAGGAGCCGGAGCCGGCGCCCGUGUCGAACGCCACCGCCGCUGGCGACAGCGACAGCUACUUCGAGUCGUACGCCCACUUCGGCAUCCACCACGAGAUGCUGUCGGACCGGGUGCGGACCGAGGCGUACCGGGACGCCAUCGGCCGGAACGCGCUGCCGUGCGUGCGCGGCCGCUCGGUGCUCGACCUCGGCUGCGGCACGGCCAUCCUCUCCAUGUUCUGCGCGCGCGCCGGCGCCGCCGAGGUGGUCGGCGUCGACCGGUCCGAGGUCAUCUACGACGCCAUGGAUAUAGUCAGGGAGAACGGUCUCUCCGACGUGGUGAAGUUGGUGAAGGGUCGGCUGGAGGAGAUGGUGCUGCCCGGCGGACGCGACCGGCGCUUUGACGUCAUAGUGUCCGAGUGGAUGGGCUAUUUCCUGCUGUUCGAGGGCAUGCUGGACUCGGUGCUGUACGCGCGGGACCACCUGCUGGCCGACGGCGGCACCCUCAUGCCCAACCGCUGCACUAUGAGCUUGGUGGCCGUAUCCGACAUGGAACGGUACGACCAUCUGCUGUCGUUUUGGUCGGACGUGUACGGCUUCCGGAUGAGCUGUCUGCGGGCAGAGGUGCUGCAGGAGGCCAGUGUGGAGGUGGUGCCGGCUGCCGCCAUCUGCUCCGACCCCUGCCAGAUCAAGCAGCUCGACCUCAACACGAUCACUGUGGCCGACACCGAGUUCACGGCGCCGUUCUCGGUGCGUGUGACGCGCGCGUGCCGCGUAACGGCGCUGGUCGGUUACUUCGACACCCACUUCGAUCUGCCGAUCGCGGUCGGCUUCAGCACGGGGCCGCAGGCGCCGUCCACCCACUGGAAGCAGACCGUGUUCUACCUAGAGCAGCCGGUCAGCGCUGACGCAGGCGACACGAUAGAUGGCACGCUGUUCUGCGGCCGGGACCGCAAGGACCCGCGCUCCCUGCGCGUGACACUGACCACCGGCGGCCGGAGCCAGUCCUACCGCGUCUCAUAGCGGCGGCUCGACGUCCGGCGCUCAGGCAGAGGUCGGUGAGCUGGUAGCCCUCCGCCCGUCCGUCCCAGCUGGCGCCGGCGACGACGCAGAAGGCAGGCUGUGCAUUUGUAUCGUUGUUUGUCGUGCAAUACAAAUCAC